AGAAGUCACCCGCAACAAUGGAUCAAAGUGUUGCGAUUGUUCAGUUCACCACGAAAGCAAACGGGUUGGGUUGUUUGAUGUCGAGUUUCAAAAAAAUUGAUAGUUGUCAAGUCGAAUACUGAUAUUGUGAUCGGUAUGGAUAUGUUGAUGCUACAUAAAAAUGGUAUGUGAUUUGGCUUCAAGUCCCUCAGAACUUGAUCAAUAGAUUUGAUCCAAAGAUUGAAGAAUAAACCAUCUAGGG